AGACAAUAUAUCGAAUCGCAACGAAAUUAUACUCAACCACAAACACAGACAACAUCAUCACUUUUUAUUGAAAGAAAUCCAAUUGAUGUACGAUAUGAACAACCACAAAAACAACAAAAUCAUAAUUUAAAUAUAAAUACAAUUAAUAUUGAAACACUUCCUUUACCUGAAAAUGAAGAAAAUCUUCCAUAUUGUCCACCAGUAAUUGAACCAGAAUUAAAACAUUGGUAUGCUGUUGAAGUAACAUAUGUUAAAUCAGCAGGAGAAUUUUAUAUUCGAUAUCCAUUUGGUAUUGAAAAUUCACUUGGUCAAGCUAAUGAACCUGCUCCAUAUCCUGAUCAUAUUGAACCAAAUAUAGAACUUAAUGAACUUCAUCGAAAUAUGGCUGAUUUUUAUGGAACAGUACAACGUCGUAGUAUAUCAACAGCUGCUUCGUAUUGUACCGGUCAAAUGGUUGCUGUACGCUAUCAAUCACAUUGGCAUCGAGCACUUGUAUUGGAAUUUAAACCAUCAACAAAUUUUGCAUGGGUUCAAUUUGUUGAUCAAGGUGAAAAACGUGAAUUAGGCACAAAUACAAUGCGACCAUUAGAUUCGAAAUUUCUCGAUUUACCAUUACAAGCAUAUUUAUGUCAUUUAGAUGGUUUUGAUGCCGAUUAUCCAUGGACAACACAAGAUCAAGAAUUAUUUAAAAAGAAAAUACGUGAUAAGAUUUUAUAUGCAAGAAAAAUUCGUGGUAAACUAUAUCUUUUAAAAUAAAUAAUCUAUUUUGUUUUUUUU